CAGUUUCUGGCUAUUAUGAAUAAAGCUGCAGUGAACAUAAUUGAGCAAGUGUCUUUGUGGUAGGAUGGAGUAUACCACAAGGUAUAUGCCCAGGAGUGGUAUAGCUGGAUCUUGAGGUAGAUUGAUUCUCAAUUUUCGCUUACAGAAAUUUUUGCUCAACAAUCUGGCAGAAUUGCAUGAAUACAAAUUAAAUUACUGGUAUUUGCAGAACCAGAGCCUGGCACAAAGGCUACCAUGACCUUACAUUAAAAAAUCUUUCCACAAUGUCAUCUGUCAGUUUACUCUAGAACAGACAUCCUUCAGUGGCCCAUGACAGUUGUUUCAAAAUAGUUACUUUAAGAUAUCUCAGUUUGCCUUGACAUUUUUCCUUGCCUCAAAUGGCUUGAACACCCACUCAGUUCACUAGAGUUAGAUCCACUCCUAUGGCAGUGUCUCUUUCCUAAUAAACUUGCCAAUUCAUCCUGGAGGACCUUUCACCCAUGUUGUUUAGGUUCACAAACCUCUGAGCUGCACUCCACAGUAAAUCAUGCAUGCUGCACCAGGGAGACUUUGCAAUGUACAAAGUUUAAUCUUUGUUCAUGCUAAUCAGUCCUACAACGAUCUCUGAAUGAGUAUCCUGUUUGUGUGCCCCACCCCUUGACUGUGGCUGCUUGCCAAUGCAGUAAGAGCCCGCCUCCUUAUCCAGGACAUAAAAACUCCUCCAGCCUCCUUAUAGAGGAAGCAGGCAUUCAUUUGCUCUCUCAGAAAAAUCUCUGCAGCAACCAUGGCCACCUUCGUGGAGCUCAGUACCAAAGCCAAGAUGCCCAUUGUGGGCCUGGGCACCUGGAAGUCUCCACCAGGCAAAGUCAAGGAAGCUGUGAAGGCCGCCAUUGAUGCUGGAUAUCGCCACAUUGACUGUGCCUAUGCCUAUCAGAAUGAGAGUGAAGUGGGAGAAGCCAUCCAAGAGAAGAUCAAAGAGAAGGUUGUGAAGCGGGAGGACCUCUUCAUUGUCAGCAAGCUGUGGCCCACCUUCUUUGAGAAAAGCCUGGUGAAGAAAUGCUUUCAGAAAACCCUCACGGAUCUGAAACUGGACUAUCUGGACCUGUACCUAGUGCACUGGCCGCAGGGAUUCCAGGCUGCGAGUGAGCUAUUCCCCACAGACAAUAAUGGCAAACUUCUCAUGAGUAAAUCCACAUUCUUGGAUGCCUGGGAGGGCAUGGAGGAACUGGUGGACCAGGGGCUGGUGAAAGCCCUGGGCAUCUCCAACUUCAACCACGUGCAGAUUGAAAGACUCCUGAGCAAGCCUGGACUGAAACAUAAGCCAGUGACCAACCAGAUUGAGUGCCAUCCAUACCUCACCCAGGAGAAACUGAUCCAGUUUUGUCACUCCAAGGGCAUUGGCAUCACAGCAUACAGCCCGCUGGGCUCCCCAGACAGACCUUAUGCCAAGCCAGACGACCCCGUAGUACUGGAGAUUCCCAAGAUCAAGGAGAUCGCUGCCAAGCACAAGAAAACGGCAGCUCAGGUUCUGAUUCGGUUCCAUAUCCAAAGGAAUGUGGUGGUGAUUCCCAAGUCUGUGACACCCUCACGCAUACGUGAGAACUUUCAGGUCUUUGAUUUCCAGUUGAGUGACGAGGAGAUGGCCACCAUUCUCAGCUUCAACAAAAACUGGAGGGCCUGUGGCGUGUUUGCUGCAAUCAAUGAAAAGGACUACCCCUUCCAUGAAGAAUACUGAAGCUGCUUCACUUGAUGAGACUGCCUGGUGGAUUCCAUCUUCAUUGUGUGACAGUCACUCCUGAGUCCUAUUUUAGCCAAGUGUGUCCAACAUCAACCUUGAUGUAGGCCCCGAUCAUGAAAUGCUGAAUUUAAAUCCUCAUGCUCAACCAGGAACAGACUGCCACAGGGAAAUGUGACUCGGAGAAGCAAAGGACAAUACUUUCCACCAGGAAGAUCUGACCAAAUCUUUGUUAAACACCAGGGACUCUGGUAACACUGAAUAUUAAAAAAAAUAAAUAAAGGGUGAUAAUAAUAA